CUCUUCUUUUUUUUAAUAUUAAUAUGGCCAAUGUCGAUUGGAAGUUCUUGGUUUUACUAUUUUUUAAAACAAUACCUAUCCAUUUUCUUCGAAAUAAUAGUUAGUUACAACGAAAUUAUUUAAGAAUGAUUUAUUAGAAAGUUAAGAUUAAGUGAGUUUUUGAAAAUACUUGUACUUUUUAUUUGUUUCCAUAGACUAAUCUUUUAAAUGCAGAACACUAACAUUUGGCGGGAAAUAAGUAAGCUCAUUUCUUUCAAGACUUUCAUUCGCGCUUUUUUAUCGUCGUAGGUCGACUUUGUUUAAUUAUUUAACUGAUUUCGUUCGGAUACUUACAGUUUUUUUCAGUCAACGGCAGUUAUUAAGAUGAGUCGUCCCAAUCUGCGGCAGAGGCCGCGGAUUAGUUAUUACGAGCCCGAAGAACCGAGUUUAGACGAGUAUAUAUUUUGCGAUCAAUGCUCUGACUUCGUGUACGAGUACUGCGCCCUCCACGGCCCCCUGCUCGUUAUUCCUGAUGACAAGGUGCUGGUUUGGGGGUCUUCAGUACUCUGACGCUGCCGCGCGGAGUCCGCUUCGGACCCUAUCGGGGCCAGCGGACACAGGAAGUCGACUCCAUGUAUUGUUGGCAGAUAUACGAUCGGAACAACAAACCGUCACACGUAAUAGACGCGGCGGACAGCGGCCGCUCCAACUGGCUGCGCUACGUCAACUGCGCGCGGCACUGGCGCGAGCAGAACCUGCUGGCCUACCAGUACCAGGGGGAACUGUACUACCGUACCAUUAAAAUAAUUCCGCGGUUCACCGAAUUGAUGGUGUUCUACGGCAGCGAGUUUGCUAAUAGUCUUCACAUCAACUUGAGCAAAUAUAAUUCGCCGCCGGGAUAUGCGCAGAAGUUUGGUGUCCCCGCUGCUAAGAAACCUAAAAUAGAUAAUAUCCAGAAAACAGUAGAAACGAAUACAAGCAAAAUAAAUAAAACUGAAAAAACCGAGGAAAACGCAAAGACAAGACUUAAAGCCAAACCUAGUAAGUUAAAACCAACCAUAAAUAAGGGCAAACAGAUUGUUACGAAAACUAAAUCAAAUAUCAGUAAUAAAAACAACAGUGUAUUAGAUAUAUCAAUUUGUAAUAAUAAUGAUAGCAAUUUUAAAUGUAAGAUGUGUAAUUAUAUGGGUAUAAGUGAUGAUGAUUUGGGCAAACACAAUUUAAAUCAUAGUAAUAAGGUAUUUUAUAGUAAAAAUUGUUUAAAUGGGCGUAUUGCUAAUAAUAGUGAAAAGCCUUACAAAUGUGAUAUUUGUCAGAAAUGUUUUACUCAAAAAAUCGAUUUAGUCAGGCAUAUUCGUAUACACACCGGUGAAAAGCCUUACAAAUGUGAUAUAUGUAAGAAACGAUUUCAUCAAAAACCUCAUUUAGUCACACAUAUUCGUAUACACACCGGUGAAAAGCCUUACAAAUGUGAUAUAUGUCAGAAAUGUUUUAAUCAAAAACCCAGUUUAGACACGCAUAUUCGUAUACACACCGGUGAAAAGCCUUACAAAUGUGAUAUAUGUCAGAAAUGUUUUAGUGUUAAAAGUCAUUUAGACACGCAUACUCGUAUACACACCGGUGAAAAGCCUUACAAAUGUGAUAGAUGUCAGAAAUGUUUUAGUGUUAAAUGUAGUUUAGACACGCAUAUUCGUAUACACACCGGUCAAAGCCUUACAAAUGUGAUAGAUGUCAGAAAUGUUUUGCUAAAAAACCCAAUUUAGACACGCAUAUUCGUAUACACACCGGUAAAAAGCCUUACAAAUGUGAUGUCUGUCAGAAAUGUUUUAGUGAUAAAAGUAAUUUAGUCACA